CACUGCUGUACCAGGUGCAGUGCUGUGACAUUCGAUCAUUAUAUUUUCCUGGGGGAGCGUGCACAACUAUCUGACAUGGAGCAGUGAGACUGGAUUCCCACCAAAGUCUGUAGACAGCAGUUGGUGUCACCCUGCAUUAUAUCUGCGUCUUCACCAGUCUUCCCUCAUCACUCCUGUAGCUGUUCAUCAGUGUGGAUGAUGCUGGGGUUAUUUCGAUGAAGUCUGAGAGCACUUUAAGACCACCGAGGUCAAGUUCAAGCUGAGCGAGAAUUCGAGGAGGCUACUGCAGACGGACGAAAUACCAAGAUGAAAUGAUCCAGAAUGACGUCGCACGUGAUGCGACGCCACCGUCAAACAUGGCUGACAAAGAAAACACAAACAUGGAAGUCGAUAAGGAAAAGAAAAAACCCUUUGCUACCAAAGUCGAGCCAGUCUUGGACGAAGUUACCCACAUAAUAGGCAACCACAACAAUGUCGAAGGCAAGAAACCCGCCGGUAAAAGCCGCGCCACAACGGAAUACUGCGAGAAGCUGCAGGCAUGGAUGUGGCAGUACUACACUGGAUAUGUAAACUGCCAGAGCUGGCUGGCAGUGUCAGCCAUGUCCUACCCUUGUUAUUUACAGCCAGCCAGUGGGACGUCGACGCCACUUCUUGAUAUCAACUCCCAGAACUGGUACAGCAGCCCGUUUGGUCUUCCGAUGUCGCCGUAUCCACAUGUAGGCAACUCCUCAAGCAGCCGGGCAGGUGAAGCAGCUGGCGGGGCUGCAGGGUCCGCUCAGCCGCAGCAGCCGCAGGAGAAUGGAAAUGCACAGAGACCAGGUCGGGAAUAUAGCAUUCCUUCACCUUUUCAAAGAUUCCUGGCUGAAAUGGUGGAUUUCUUCAUAUUGUUUUUCAUCAAAGCAACCAUUAUCAUCAGUAUUAUGCACCUGAGUGGAAUCAAGGAUGUUUCCAAGUUUGCCAUGCAUUUCAUAGUGGAGGAAAUAGAUGAGGACACCUCGAUGGAGGAGCUACAGAAAAUGAUGCUUGUUGCACUUGUGUACCGGAUAUUAGUGUGUUUUUAUGAGAUUGUGUGCAUUUGGGGAGCAGGAGGAGCCACUCCAGGGAAGUUUUUAAUUGGACUCAGAGUUGUUACAUGUGAUUCAUCAGUUCUGGUUCAGCCUAACCGGGUGCUUGUUGUGCCAGCAACCAAUGUCUCUCUGUCUGCAUCAACUGUCCGAGCCUUGAACAAGAACUUUUCAAUUGCCUUCUUUUUUCCGGCCUUCAUCACACUUCUGUUCUUCCAGCACAACAGGACUGUGUAUGAUAUGGUAGCUGGUACAAUUGUUGUCAAGCGCCCCAGGGCCAGAUGACGCAGAAGAACACAGAAAAGAGUCCUACAUUAAUGCUGUUUAUUAUUAUUAUUAUUAUUUUUUAAAUGCCUGCAGAACUCAGACACUGUCCUUUCAAGGUAUCGUCAGAACAUGCAGGAGCAUUAUGACGGUUGCAGAAAGUUUGAUACACAUCAGUAUGAACUAAUUCAACUCCCUACAACUUGGGUUUGGUUUGUCCCAGACACAUACUGUAUUUCUGCAUGUAUGUCUACAUGCUGCUGUCAGAAUCUGUUCCUGUGCCAUACUGAGGUCUUGUUUGAAGACAGGAAAAAUGAUGGUAUCCACUACCAUUUGAUUAACACAAGAUUUGCCUCUUUAAGUACUUUUCCAGAUUAAGGGUUAAUCACUCAGUAUUUAAGUCUAAUGCAUUCAUGAGAUUACACCUUCAGUAUCUCUUUGUAUUAAAAAUUUGUCUUAAGAGGUAUGCUCAGACUUUUCAUUUUUGAGUUGUUGACCUUCAUUGCUGCAGGAGUGAUGCAUCAUGUUCAUCUUUUUCAGCUGCUGAAAUACUUUGGUCCUAAGGCACGCUGAAAUGUAUCGACGGGAAAAUGUAAACCUGGCCACAACUGCUCUUCCAUUUACUCUGACUGCAUGUGUGUGAUUGGAAAAAGUUGUAUGACACAUUUUUGUGUGAUUAAUUGUUUUUUGCAUUUAAAAUUAAAUGAAACCACUAAUUAUCUACAA